GCGAAACAGAAACGAAAACGAGACUCCUAGACUGUCCAAGACAGAUAUCAUGACGGCAUGUAUCAGGAUGAAAAAUCCCUGCUCCCCUUAUUCAAAUGGAAAUCUCUGGUUGGCGAUUUGUCUACACCGUCAACUCUGUCUUGCAGUGAGGAGCUGCAGGCAGAUUGCGUCUGUGGGCAGGAAUGUUUUGGCGUAGGCGCCUACCAUAGUAGACGCGUGCCCUGUAGGCCUAGUACCAGUACAAAUUGGAUGAAUUACCUACAUAGUGUGGCCGACUCUGGGUUUGCUCGCUUGCAAAACCGAAGCGAUUUUGUGGCCAUGAAACAGCAGCGCAAAUAUUCAGAGUCAUGCCUUUUCAGUAUUAGGAGCAGGGGGAAUUUUCCUUACGAUAGCAUGCUCGCGCUUGCUGCACUCCACUGCUGCGACGGAGAAUUCGUUUAUCGGCGGAAGAGCUGGAGUUCGGCACUGCCUCGAUAUAAUUUGCCGGAGGAAAAAGGGCUUUUUGGCUGCGAUAUCUGGUAAAUCGAGAUCAGCAUCAUCAUCAAGUCACGAGAGCAGAUUUUUUCGGCUGCACCAGCACCCGCGUCACUUCAGCGUUGUCCGGCGGCUUCGUACGGGCAACAGCGUCGACUACGCACAGUACGAGGAUGGGAACAUCAGCGGCACAAAGCACACCGCGGUCGUUUUAUUUGAAAAAGCGAUCGCGAUUCAGCAUGACUGGCUCCCCGACACUUUGUCUGAUAAGAAGGACGUCAUCUCGUACGAAAAAAACACAGCACCCGCACUGCAGAUCCCGAAGAAGGGGGUUAUGGUGUACGCAAACCCCGACGAAUAUCAGAAUGAAGUGAUUCCCUUUCGCCAUACGAACGCGGAUAUUUGUGUAGGAUCCAUGAUUUGCAUUUGUGAUCACAAAUUUACUUGUCAUGCUAGAAGGAAGGAAAUGCUGAAUGAAGUGCUGGCUGGCGUCGGAAGUCCUUCCGUCUUCAAUAUGAGAGGAAGCAACUGCGCCGCGUCCUGGAAAAGCAUGGCAAAUUACUUGCGAACGUGGCCGCAAGUUUGUCUCUUUGCCUUCUGGCAUUUGUGGACACAAAUCACGCAUUAGAAAUCCUCUUUUGAGUAUGGCGAGAGCGAAUUUUUCUUCACAAUAAUGAAACGCAACUUUUCGAAAGCCGGGUUCUCGUCGCGACACUGCAGUUUUUUACUGGGGUACUAAAAUGAAAAAGCCCCACCCCCAGAAGUGUAGAAAAUCUUUGAUGUAAAACUUUCAAAUGGAAAGCCGUGGUCUCUCAUACAAGGGGUACGGGCCUCCCUGAUCCACAGCUUAGACAGGCGGUGAACGCAUCUGCUACAUGACAAACUCUGCGGCUGUGCAACACAAUUUUUUGCUAUAAUUCGGCAGAAAAGUUUGUUUUGUUGGAAUAUGUAUAUGCAAGAUGGGGAACGAAUGUUUCCCCCUAGAGCUUUUGCAAUAGAAAUAUUUCGGGCGUAGGAGCGCUUUUCAUUUUGAUAUGUGGGCCUGUUCACGGUUGCGGGUGUCGGGUUGUCCGUUCUGAACAUCCCCGGCCUGCUCCCCCUCGCGCCCUGGAUAGGCUCCUCAUUGGCUUUCUACUUCUUUUACCUGUGGCGGGCCCUGCGUCGGGUUUUCGGCGUCACCGCAAUGCGCCAGCUGGAGUGGAUCCGGAUUGUGCCGGCGACGGCCAAAGAGACGGCAGACUGUCGGGCAGAGGAGAAGGCGAAUAAUAGCAAAUACCGCCGCCAGGACAUGGAGACGAAGGCAGGUCGAGCGGAAAAUAGCGGUGGAUUCAUGGAUUCGGUUUCUUCAGGACGAGAAACAAAAGAUGAAAGCAACGGCAAAACAAAUGCUCUGCACAACGACGACGAUGCUGACCCGGACUCCGAGCUGCUCGGAGACUUAGACUUACACACAACCGAGGAAAGGUUCGAAGCCCUUCCCUGUGUGCGGCUGCAUGUGCGCGCGGUAAACUGGCAGUCGAAUGCCCUCCUGCUGAGCCGGGACCACCCGACCAUCGUGGCUUUGCUGGACCAGAAAUUCCAACCCUGGGGCAGCGACGAUUUCGCCGGCAAGGAUGAAAAAGAUAUGGUCGAGCAGGAUCAUCCGGCGUGUUAUGCAUUGCAAAAGCAAAACCAAUAUCGUAUCAGUAUUGGUUGCAUGACAAGUGUUUUCAAAAGAAACGAUGGUAAAAAUGGGCGGGUCUGUCAUACUGGACAAGGUACUAGAGAUCGAUAUCUGUCAUGAUGCACUGAUGCAAUGAAUGCGAGUGCGAUAUUUGUUUUGCGCGGGAUACAGGUGAGCGGGCAGCUAUUGCAUCAGGGCAAAAAGUACACCAUCACGGGGCUCCUGUUUCUCGCCAGGCUGGUACUGAUUCCGUCGCGCCAACGAAAAGCAGUACUACAUUCGGGGAUCAUGCGUGCAGUGCUCAUGCGGCUCUGCUUCAAAGUCCAAGCGUUGAUCUUGAUUCACGACCAGGGGGGCGGAAAGAUGAUUUUCUUCAUGCCAAGAACGACGAGACUAGGAUCAUAUCAAGCAAGGAAAAGGUCGCAGCCCGCGGCAGGAUUUCGACUGGUACAACUCCGAAACAAGAUGAAGAUCAUGACGCGGCCGCGUCCCAUCGUUCUUCUACUAGUAGUACCGCGGGGGGCUCUCCGUCAGUGACAUCGUCUUGUUCCUCGGCCGGUGGCGAGGAGCAUGCCAUAUCGCUUGAGAAGACAGCACCACCACCAUCGGACAUCUCAACAAAUACAAAUAAAUCUAUAUGGAACAGCAACUUCUAUUCCCUUGCAACACAACUCUUCACGAGCCAGAGCCGCCGGAGUAAAGAAAACCAAAUCCAGGUGCGUAACACGACGAACGAAGACAUUUUCCUAGCGGAGGAACAUAACUUUCGGAAGCUCGGGGAGGCGCUGAGCAAGUUUCACUUCAAUGAGAACCUGGACGAACGUACCGUGGAGCAUCGGCGGAAGAAAGAUACCGAGGGGUUCGGGGGGUUGGGCAGCAUCACCACCACCGUUGUUCGGGAUGAGGUCGUGUAUAACAAAUCCGGUUCUUGUGGUCGUCCUGCAGGAACAAUAUCUUCGAAAGGAACAAUGCGAAUGCAAGAAGACGAACAGGAAGAAACUGCUGCGGAAGCUGCAAGUGGAAUCACGACAACCCACGCCGCUAUUUUCGACGAGUCUCGACUGGCACCGAGUACUAAGGGCUACAUCGACUCCCAGGCGGUGGACUUUCUGAAAAGCAGUUUGCAAAAGCUAGUCUUCGAUGAGAGGGUGACAAAUCCGCGCGUUCUCAAAAACUUCGAUCAAGUCCGGGACAAGCGGGUGAAAAGCUCUCACGUGGGUGCGUCGAAAAACAACAAGGGUGAUAAAUUACAGAAGAAGUUUCUUCCUCUGCAGUUCGCGACAACUAUAGGUUCCCGCGUCACGCGCGUGAAAGACCUCUUUGCCCGUCGGGUCACCACCUACAUGUGCCCUUUGUGGGUGAACAUGCACUUGGCGGACUUCGCAAAUAUGAAGGUGGAUAAAGGGUACAGCGAGCCGACGAUGCAAAUUUUGUGGCAAGGGCUGGCUUAUCUCGGCUGUGGCAUCGUAGUGCUGGCAACCGGGAUACUGGCGCACAAUUGUCAGCACAGGCUGCUCGCAAGCACGUGGGCUGGCUUGGAAGAGAAGAAAACAAAAAUAGGUAGUACGCGUGCGGAACUUGAGUUUGGUAAUAACGACGGUGGGACGGCGGGACAAGAGAGAACAGGCGGGCGCUCCAGUUUCGUUGAAAAAAGAAAUUGAAAAACAUUGAUCAUAGAAGAAAAUUAAAUAGAAAAACUUUGUUUGUUUGUAGAAAUGCGGUAAGGUGGAAACGCGAUUACUCACCUUUUUUCCUUAGCGCUAUUUCAAUAAAAAUCCCUCUACGCAGAGAAGCUUGAAAAAAUACUCAGUGACUGCUACCGGUAGUGCUAGUGUGCAACUGCUUUAAAACUAAAAACGGCCUGUUGGAAAAAGAUACUACUGCCCAUAACCAUCUGUCGCUGAAAAAAGGCACAGCUGACUGCAGGCUGAGCCAGUCCUGCCGUGCUUAGGGAGAUCGCGACACUUUGGUCGCUUUUUAACCUUUUGAUCACUAUAAAAAUUUAAAUGCGAAGUCGAAGCUUUCUGCUAAGUGUGUAAAGUCAAGUUCAGAGACUUUGAGAAAAAGAAGGCGUUUAUGAGAGAAAAAUUUUUCAACUAGUCUGGAGUCUUUUGCAGAGCGUCACUCAUCAACCGCGUUGCGGCCGCGUGCGUCAGACCACCACUGGUGCCGGAUUGCUGGGAAGGGGCCGGUGAGUGGUGCAAGGGUUGCAUUGGCUUCCGCCAGGGCCCUCGCGACUUGGUUCGGUUUGUCGCGGCACUCUUCCAUGUGCCCGAGGUCCCAGGAGCGGAAGAAGGGCUGCGUGAUCGGACACUCGUGCACGAAGUGCGCCGUCGUCGCCUUCCCCUGUCCACAUAGAGCACAGUCGAGGUCUUCCCCACUCGGUUGCGCCGCCAACAACCCAAAGCGCAGGGCGUAAUACAUGGUCUGGCCAACGCGGCCGCCGGCGUCGGUCACCAGAUCACGCCCCCAGCCCCCUGUUUCCUGGAGCGUUUGCGCUGUUUUGCUCUUUGUCUUUUCGUCCCGUUGCCGUUCGGCCAGGUUCCGGCGGGCUUCGUUCCGCACGUAGCGGCGGGCCUCCGUUUUGAACUGCUUGUGCGUGAUCGGCUCGCCCUCUUCCUGCAGGUCGCUGCGGUUGGCGUACCCCGCGAGGUGGUCGGCGACCACGUUCCCCGCGAUGCCGGCGUGCCCUGGCACAUAUCGGACGACCAGCUUGGCACAGCUUUGCAGCGCGUCCGCUGCAGCCGUGUAGACCUCGGUGUCCAGGUCGUCCCGCAGUCUCGGAUUGAGCAACGCCCGCACGUUGGACUGGCUGUCCGUGCAGAUCGUCACCUGCUCGCUUUUCAGCGCGUGGCGUGCCACCGCUCGGAAGGCUGCGAUGAGCGCCAUGCGUUCGGUUUCGUACGAAUCCGUGUGGAGCCCGAUGGGCCACGCCGCCCCACACUGGAUGCCGAACCCAUGCAGAAAGACGCCACAAGACCCGGCAAAGUCUUUGACCGACCCGUCACAAUACAGCACCAGGCUGGACUCCCGGAGGGUGUCUACCAGCGCCGGCGUGCCUUCGUUUCUCCACGUCGCCUCGAAGCGGCCCUGCUCCUCAGCCUCGUGGAGGACGGACCACCCCCGCCCUGCCUUCGCGCCGAUCUCGGGGAGAACGGACGAGGCCGCGACGUUUGAUUCGUCGAUCACUUGCAAGCCGGUUUCUAGCCAGUCUACGCUCGAGGUGUUCGCGACCUCCCGCAGCGCGUCCCCGGGCGGGCGUGAGAAAGCGCGGGCCGUGAGCGCCGUGCUUUCCACUUGGUAGAGCUCUGGGAGCGACAACAGGCCGGCCGUCAUAAGUGCGCAGGCGCGGUUCACCUGUCUGAACUUCGGAAAGCCCAGCACUUCUUUGGCCCCCUCCAGCUGGAAACUGUUCAGGGCGGCCGCUUCCUUCGCCCCGAGCCCGUUCCAGUAUGUUGUUAGCCCAUACGUGAGGACGCUUUCGCAGAAUAACUGGUAAAAAGCCCGGACGGACUUCGACCCGGCGCCCAACGCACGCGAGAGGAUGCGCACCGCCGCCAUCCUCUUGGUCAGGGUUUCGGAUAUGACUGCAAAGUGCCGACAGAAUGUCAACUUGCGAUCAAACCACACACCGAGAAAGCGUGGGUAGGGGUCGUAGACGAGCCUCUCCCCGUCGUGGUGCAGGGCGAGCGCAUCCAAGUCGCAUGCAAACUCGUUCUGGAAGACGAUAUACGAACACUUCCCGGGGGAAAGCUCCAUAUUGCUCCGGCUGCAGAAGUCGGCGACCACGUCCAGGGCAGCCUGGAGGAGUUUCUGUGCUUCCCCUGUUUCCCCGGGGCCGUACUCCAGUGUGAGCGCCAAGUCGUCCACGUACGCGAGGACUUGCACCCUCGGGCACUUCUUCUGCAGCUCUCGGAGCAGUACGUCGGCGAAACUGCACCAGACCAGCGGCCCGAGGCACGUGCCCUGCGGGACCCCCUGGCGCAGCGGGACGGCCUGGGAGGUCUCGUUGUUGAACCUCACCACCCGGCGUCGGUUGGUGACGAAGGAGCAGAUCCACCGCGUGAGCAGCAGGAACUCCUGUUUUCGUGCCGGGUUUUUAAACUCGUGCCGCCGCUCCAGUAGUCCGUUGAGGAACAGCGGCGGGCACACGCGCUCAAAGGCCGAGCUCAGGUCCAAGAAGCACGUCGCCCUGCGGCGGUUCUUGCGCAGGGUGUCGGAGGCCAGGGCCCCCAGCGUUGCCGUGUGGUCCGUCGCGCUUCUUGCGGGUGUGUCCCCGUACUGGUUCUUGCUGUACAACGGGGCCCCCUCCGCCUGGAAGGUUAGCCGCAGGCGCCGCAGUACUGUGCGUUCCCAGACUUUCCCCAAGCACGACGUCAAGGCCACCGGCCGGAGGGAUUUGGGAAGGUCCGCGGCACGGCCGGGCUUUGGUACUGGUACACAGACUUCUAGCCGCAUUACCUCCGGCGUCACGCCUUCGGUGACCCCUUGCUCGAAGGUUGCGCGCAAGAGCUGCUUGCCCUGUUGCGGGAGGUUUUUCAGCAGCACCCCGUGGAUGCUGUCUGGCCCGGGAGCCCCGCCCGGCUUCUGUCCCCGCAAAGCGAACUCCACGUCGUCCAGCUCCAAGCUCAACGCUGUGCUCGGCGCUAGCUCUUCCGCUAGUGUGUGCUGGUAUUGGUCCCAGGCCACUCGUUCGGCCCCGGGGUCCAGCACCGGGUGGGACCCAUAGAAAUGCGCCAAGACACAUGCGAGCUUUUUGAACACCAGCUUCCCCGCGUAUCGCAGCGCGGUGGUCUGCUGCUUCGGCGGCGGCCGCCCUUCUAGUUCCCGCAAAAGCCGGAAGGCCCCACUGGUUGUCUGCUCCGCUUGCUCGAGCUUUUGCCCGAACUCGUCGUCCCUCCUGCUGGCCUCGGCGCUUGCUACACGCGCCGUCGCGCGCCGUAACGCGGUGCGCCAGAACAGUCGCUCCGCCGGCGGUGCGAAGGCCACGCGCUUCAUGCACUCUCCCCGCUCUUUCAGUGCGAGGUCUAGCUCCGUGCCUGUUUGCCACCGCGGCUGCCUGUGUCUCUUUCUCGUGACAUUGCUGCGCGGGAUGGACCUGUGCGCGGCGGCUUGUAUCGCAGCGCGGAUGUGUGCGAACUUGGCCUCGACCGACAGUGGUGCCGGGUGGUCCCGGAGGAAGGUGCGCAUGUCUGCGCGGUACAAGUCCCAGUCCGCCCGGUUGAAGUUCAGUCGCGUGCGCCUCGUCGUUGUGGGGAGUGGUUCCUGCCAGAAGUCCGGGCUCCACGGAGCUGCCGUGGGGUCCGUCGGGAGGGUCGCGACCGCCCCGGGGGCCGGCGCAGAUGGCGUUUCUGUGCUUGGUGUCGGGACCGGUGUGGGGCCGCCAAAUGAGGGGACUACCGGUGCCAGCCCGGAGACUGCGGCAACUAGCAAACCCAGCCCCGGCAAGACCGGCAGUCGUUUCUCCCCUGUGCUACUCUGCGCGUCCGCGCUGUGCUUGUUCGCGCGCUGGGCCCGAAGGCGCUCGAACUUCUCCUUGCGAAGAACCUUCUUUUGCCUCCCGGUGAGAUUUACUUUCCCACCCCCUCCUCCUGCUCCCUGUGUUUCGGAACCGGCGUCCUGUGUGCCCCGGAGGCCUUGGUCAGCCUUCUGCCCCGAGCCAGUAGCGCGGCCUCGUCCCGCCCCUCCUCCCCCGGCGUCGUCUUUUGCUGUGUUGCUGGCGGUGAAGUUCUGCUUCCCCGGACGCUGAUCGGCACGUGGCUCCACCAAGUCGAAGACCAGGGCCGCAUGGUCGCCGCCGACGAGGCACACUGCUGGCCCCUGCGGCUGUAGUUCGGCAGCCCGGGCGAGUAGUCCUCCGGUCAGCAACACUACGUCCGGCGAGGUCUUCGACGCAGGCCGGGUCGGCAGCGGGGUGGUGUAGAACUCCAGCGCCUGCGCAGUUGCCCAGGUCUUCACCUGGGUCGCCCGCGGCUCCUGUGUGUGGUUCGCGUCCCAGGAAAUUGCAAUCUCCUUCCCCGGCGGCAUGUUGAUUGCCGGUAGGGCGGGGAUUCCCGGAGGAGUGUAGACGUUCGCGCUUACGCCCCACUCCUUGCCCGUGUCGAGGUUGAACAGGGUGGCGCAGGUGGAGGCAACGUUCUUCCCGCCCUCCGCGACAAUGCGGAAGUCCGGGUCUGACUUCACGACACCUACUCGCCCCUCUCGUACGAUGCUGGCAGCCCCUCCCCCGCUGCCUUCGGACUCACAGACUUCAAGCACCUCCCAGCCCGGGACGUGGCGCUGGAGAAACUCGCGGAGGAACUCUUCACCGCGCCAGGUUUCCUGGAGGUGGCACAAGUCCACCUCGUGCUCCUCAAGCAGCUGGCGCAGCGCCGCCCCCUUCACAGAAGCCGCCGCUUCGUCGCUUUGGUUGAGCGACUGGCAGUUCCACUGCGCGACCCGCACAGCCCCUUGCACGACUGGGUGCUUGACACCGUACUGCUCUUCCUCGCUUUUCGCUGCGCCCUUGGCCGGCCCGACCACGUGGCGGGUGUAGUACUUGACCUCCUUCCCCCGGCUACACUCGGGUAAGAGGAAGGUGGUGCACUUCUUGUGCGCCUUUGCGAUGUGCUCGCUGAAGCCCUGGACCCUACCCGCGUACCCGCGGCUGUACGUGCAGUGCGAGCAGUAGUAGCGCCGUGUUGCUGCUGCUUGUUUUAGCGUGUCCCCCAGGCCGACUACAACGCAGAACUCGGUGUUCUGGUAGUGUGGGAGGUCCUGGACCGACACAACGCCUUCGACCGCACGCGCAGCUUCUUCCGGGUCUUCGUCCCCGUCAAGGCCAACACUGGCGCGCCCUGUGUUACUGCUACUACUCCCACCCCCUUGCACGCGAUUUAGUUGCUCCGCUUGUAGUACAGGGGCUGCAACGCCACUGGCGUCGCUGCCUUCCAGCCCGGGCGGCUGCCGUAGGAGCCUCUGUUGCUCUGCUGUCGGGUGCGCCGCUGCAAGCAUUGCUCUUGUUCCGGAGUUGGAGAUGUGUUGCAGGGCUUCCCCCUGCGCAGGUCCGCUUGCGGCCUGCGUCCCGGCAGCACGCCCCAGGCCAGGAGGAGUCUGUUCUGGCUGGACCUCCUGCUCCUGCCGGACCCGCGGGAGAGCAGGCUCCCUCGCCGCUGCUGUGUUGCCAUCCUGAUGAUUCGCCGCUGCUGUUUCAUCAUGUGCAGGAAGGGCAGGGGGGGCCUGCUGGAUUUGUGUUAUUGCGCCCCCUACUUGUCGGCUGCUGUGUCCAGGGAGCAGGUCGCGCUGCGUCACCAAUUCUUGGUGUGAGGCGGGGGUAUUUGCGUGGGCCUGGGGACACGCGUGUUGGAUCGGAGUCGCUGCUACAUCGGCGCCCCAUCCUGGAGGCGGCGUUCUGUUCGAGCAGGCGCGCCGGCAUGCGUCUGCGACGACGUAUACCACCCCCAGCGCCGUGCCCGUGCACACUACUAUCGCGACGGCGCCUAGCGGCGACAGCACCGACGGGUCUGGGUGCCACCGCCCAUGGUGGAAAGCAGCAGCACUGGGCUCCGGUCCCGUUCUUAGGUCCGGGAAGACCCGGCGCAGCGCUGGGCUUCCGUAUUCUCCCUCCCGGUCGAGGUAAAGGUGCCCCGGGAUCUGGCCCGAGACGACCGUCUCUUCCUCCAGCUCCGCCCCCGCGUGUCCCCCAAUCAUCAUCGAAGCUCCCGGGUUGGCCAUGUAGUGCGAGUUUAUUUGCACCGCUAUUCCGACGGCGACAACGACAAGCGCCAGCAGGCCGUGGUUCUGUAGGGCCCGGAAGACCCGGCGGAACUGCUCUUCCAGGAUGAGGGUCAGGACCGUCACGAGGUCCAUUUCCUGGUGGGGGUAGCACGCACCCUGCUGAUGUACCCCUAUCGUACCGGUGCCGCCGGCGUUUGGCGCAGGUCCUUGCGCCCCCGGUCGUGUGUAGGCGGCCUCCUCGCGAGCUCCGCGUUCUGUCGCUCGCGACUGCUGUGUGCCCGCCCGUACCUCGCCUGUCCUGGGCAGGGCCGCUUCUGCCGGGGCGCCAACAGGGAGGGGUCUUUGCGGGAUGACAAUGCCACCGCCCGGCGGGAUCGCGUUGUAGGUGCUUUGGGUUGGUGGUGUUGCUGUCGGGGUGCUGAUAAUCUGGUCGGAGUGUUGGUGAUGAGGCUGCUGCUGUUGCUGCUGCAGUUGCUGUUGCUGGUGCGUUUGCUGCUGCUGGUGCGUCUGCUGUUGCUGCUGCAGUUGCUGUUGCUGUUGCAUUUGCAGUUGCUGCUGCAGUUGCUGCAGCAGUUGCUGCUGUUGUUUACCAGUACUACCACUGGCUUCUGCCUCCGUGACGGGCUUCGGGGGUUGCUGGUGGGCCGCCGCGUUUUGGCUGUGCGCCAUGGACUCCAGUACCUUGCGGACCUCCCGCAUCUCCUCUGACAAAGCUACGAGCUGCUCCGUGCCGGUCUGCUCUCCGGUAAGAGCGUUCCUCGUUAUCAGUGGAACGGCGAUCUCUCGCCCUUGCAGCUGCCCCAGCAGAUGCCGCACGUCUUGGUGGUGCUGCGUCAUGGCCCCCAGGAGUCCUGUCGCAUCUCCCGCUGGGUUCACACCCUGUGUGGCCGGCGUCACCGCUUGCCCGGUCUGUGCUCCGGCCGGCUGGAGCUGCAGCUGUUGCUGUUGUGCUGCGAGUAGUCUCUGCACGUCUUGGAAACUAAAAGACGUCUGCUGCGUUGGCGCCGGCUGUGCCGGCGGCAGCAUCGUAUGUGCACCGCCACCUUGCUGCCGGUUGAAGGCACUGCCAAACGCAGGCGCGGAGAAGUUACCUGACUGUGCCCCGAGACUAUCACCCGAUCGCGGGAGGCCGCCCUGCUGCCCGACUGGGAAUGCGGUCUGGUAUCCUGUCGGCCCUCCACCUGCGGCUCCCUGCAUCGAGUGUAAUACGAGGUAGUCGUUUACUGUCGGAAGAGGAGUGGCUCCCUGCCCCAAAGCCGGCCCCCCAUAGUUUGGCGCGGGAGGUUGGACGCUCUGUGGCUGCACAUGGUUUGUUUGCUGUAGUGUAUUUUGCUGCGCCCAUCCUUGCUGCGGGGGGUUUUGCUGCACGACGUUGUUGGUCCGCUGUUGUGGGCCUGUUGGCCACUGCUGGUACCGGAACUGGCCUUCCGGAUUGCCUCCCGUGCCGAACAUGCCGCGUUUCUGCAGCCGCUUGUUCACAGCAGGUUCCGGUUGGUUCUGGCGGACCUCUGCGCUGCACUACUCUAAGGAGGAAAAGUCGCCGCUUCCGAGUAGCGAUUCACGUCGUUGUUUGGAUUUUGGAGAAAAGAAGUCCUUAACCCGCCGAGCUGUAGCCGCGGUUUCUGGGAAUCUCGGGUCCCCGUUUCUCCGAAAGCGCAGUUUUAGCCCGGCGGGAUUGGGACACUAAAUUCGCGGCGGGGCGAAACGGCUCUGCGGGGUGCGCGACAGCUCUACUUUACUCGCCGUCCCCUGCAGGAGUCCCGACGUCCGGCGUCCCCCCGGUGUCCCCCACCCUCUUCAGCCUUCGCAAGGCGUGGAGCUCCUGAAGUAGCGUCGCGUUGUGGUCCUCCGCCGCUCGUGUCCUCUCAGCGAGGUCCCGAGCGACCUUCUCCUCGAUCCUUUCGAUGAGCAGCGUAAUGCCCGGGUCGCCGCCGAAAGGGUCGUAUACGAUGCCCAGGCUGUACUGGCCGUAGGCAACCCGCUCAACCUGCAGAAACGCGCUACUGUCGUGCUGGGUGGAGCACAAGAGGUCGCGCACUGUCAGCGGUAGUGACUCUGUCGUGGCAAGGGCCUGAGCGGGCGCUCUGUUCCUCGUCAGUUCCACGAUGAGGUUGCAGGGGCAGUACUCGUAGACAAAGAGCGCGAAAUCCCCUCGGGACGCUGCGAAGUGCUGCUGUGAUGUCUCCUUGGACCGGAGCCACCCGCGUCUCUCCUCUGUUUCCUGCGCUAGGUUGUCGUGGUCGCGUUCGACCUUUAUCAACGCGGUAUAGUUGCUUGUGAAGGGGAUGAGGAGCGGGAGGUGGUGCAGGCUGGUUAGGUGCUGCUUCGUUUCCUCCGUGUUCUCGCGGUAUUCCUUCGCCUCGCGUUCUGUGAUCACACCUGUCCGCAGGAGCUCCUCUAUCGCUGUCGGGCUCCGGCGGCGCAGCAUAUCAUCGCGAGACGCAGCGACAAUAUUGGCAAAGGAAAAACGGAGGAAAGCAGAACCCCCGGUGGCUAUUUCUGUGUUGCCUCUUGCCACUCUUUUACUUUUUUGAGGUCUUUUGUUUUUGCGGCUAGCUGUAUACUGUCCCUGAUGCCGUCUUUUACUUUUUUGGGAUCUUUUUGUUUGGGGGUUCUGCACGAGACUAGAAAGUGUGAGCACACACGACUACGGCUCACCACCUCGAUCUUCAAGACAGUAGCGCGUACUCCAGCCCGCUGAUCCCGAGCGUCCUUGUCGGGGCCGCACGGACUAUGACGACCAGCUAUGGCAGGAGGACGGCAAGGGUGGAUGUGCGUCGGGUGGUCACGCCUCUUCGUUUCGCUGCUGCUCCUUCCUCGGAACUGUUGCUGUGUUUUAUUGUCUUCUGGACAGCGGAGGGAACGGUAAGUGUCGUCUUCGCCACCGGUUUGGGCCUCCGGUGGAAAUGUGGGGCACGGUGGCGACGCAGGUGCCCGGCAGUUCAGCACGAUAGUACUGCAGGAUCUAGAGGGUUAAGCUACGAGCUGGCCCUGCACGGAUUCCGCUCCUCCGGGACGGUUGUUCGUCUUCAGACACGACGGCACGCGGUUCCGGGCUAGUAAAAAUCCUCUUUGUAAGAGGAUAAAUCCACUGUCCGCUCCUGGCUGGAGACGAACAAGGACCGGGCUUGCGUAGUCUUAAAUCGCCGAAUCCCGACCCCAGGAGCCUUUGUCGGGGACCCCUGGACUAUGACGGUCGGGUUCGGUUCACUUGCUACGCGGGACGCCGGUUCCUUAUUGUCUUUUAGCGUCUUCCGGCCAGUGGGGGGGACGGCAAACGCCGUUCGUCGGCAGCAGCAGGUAGUCUCUACUUCCAGGGCCCGGCCGGAGGGCUAGAGCAGCGAGUUAUCCUCCGGUGGCACGGUGGUCGUGUCACCGUCGUAUCACUUUCCAGAACUGGCGACCCUCCCACGCAGCAGAUCGCUCGCGACAACUGCAAAAAGCAAAAUCACCAGUAACAGACCCCGGGCUUCCUUCUUGUGGUUACCCAGACUAUGUCGGCCUGCUCUGGGUCACUGGUUGUUUCCUUUUGUCGCGCUGCUGGCUGGAUCCCAAGAAGAUGGCUGCACUCGGAAGCUGUCCAAAGCCAGUGGGUGAUGCGGGUUCGGGUGGAUGCUGCAAACCCGAUGACAGCAAUAAACUGGUGCCGAAGGGACUUCAACACGGAGACGACCAAGAGAGAACGCGGAGUUGGACAACCAUCAUGCUUUGUGAUGGAGUUUCAAAAAAUUCCCGGCUCUCAGUUCUCUCAGAAAAAAGUCCAAACGAGGACUCCCACACGCCGUGGGCACGGUGCAAUUGUUUCAACCGUGUUAAAUAAAAAAUUAACCACAGUUCUUCCCUUACCUCUCAAAUACGUUAGAAAAACUUCAAAGAACGUUUUCAACUUCGAAAAGCAAGGGACGCGUGUCGUCUACCUUUUGUGGCCUUCACGCAAAGAUGAACUUUUUGCGUUCCGUAAUCUCGAUUUUCUUUGUUUUGCGACAGAUUCCUUUUCAUCCGCGCGAUUCACG